AUGUCCCUUUCAGGGAUUGGGGAGCUGACUGUACAGGCGUUCAAAGUGACGCCAGGGAGGACUCUCCCAUCGGGGGUCGUCUGGCACUGUUCAGCGACAUUUGGGAAGCGACCACCACCGACUCUUGGUUCUCAGUUACCACUAGUACGUGUACCAAUAGACAAUGACAGCAAACCACGGUAUUCUCCAAGGCCUCAGGAUGACUUGCAUUAUGUCAGAAGAAGGAGAGCAGCAGAGAAAGAGUCUGAAACAGAUUCAGAAUUUGAAAGUGAAGAGGACAUAGAUUGUGACCUCAGCAACAUGGAAAUCACAGAAGAACUUCGGCACUAUUUUGAGCAGACUGAGCGACACCAGGAAGAACUACGGAAACAGAAACAGCUGGAGGCGGAACACCAAGAGAUAUAUGUGGAAGCUGACCAUGACCUUCACUUGUCCACAAGCCGGUCAGUGCAGCCCCCAGCUGAGAAGCCCGGCAACAGAAGAAUGGCUGAAAUGAGAAAGCUCUAUGGCAAAGGUGCCAACAAAAUACAAGCAAUGGAGACCAUCAUGCAACUCAACUUUGAUAGGAAUUGUGAUACAAAACAGCCCAAGUACUGGCCAAUUAUUUCUCUGAAACUCUGAGCUAUGCGCCUUUUUCCCUUUUUGGAGAUUCAGAGCUGUAUAUCCUGAUGUUCAACCAAGCAGUAUAAUUAAAGGAAUGAAUCAACAGUCAGCAAAAGAUCUUUUUAAUUUUUCUUUCCCUUUUUCCAGCACAACUUUGAAUUUGUCUGCCAAUUUUCAGAGUCUAUUCCAAUUCAAUAGGAAAAGCUGAAUCGGUCAUUUGUACAGGGGAUACAGAAAAUUCUCUUUUAAAUGGUAUUUCAGUUAAUUUAAUGUUGGCAUGUAUUAGCCUUGCAGGAAAUUAAGUAACAUUUAUUUUUGUUCAGUUGGGCCAGGGAAAAAGGCUUAAAACUAUCAAAAUUCAAAGCAUUUUUUAAAAAUGUUUUUAGUACUACACUAGUUUUGUUGUAGGAUUUUAAAUGCAGCUAUUUUUUGCAACCAUUUAUUUUCUUGGAGGCACCUGUAUUAGUUAGACAAAAUAUCUUAAAUUACUGUAAUUUGGCUUUUUGAGUUUCUCUUCCAAAAUUAAAAGUUUGGCUGUAGAGUUUCAAGUCAGAAGCAAGCAUUGUCUGCUUUCACAGAACUAACAGAACAAAAAAAACCAAAAACCAGUCAAAUUAAAAUACACAUUUUUGUUUAUUUCAAAGUUGUAUUUAAUUGAUCAGGAAGAAAAAUAAACUAGACAUGGGGUUGGGGUUGGGGUGGGGAAGGAAAGGGGUUAUAUGUGAGUGCAUGUGAUUCUCAUCAUGAAUAUAAUGGAACAAAGUUUUAAUUCUAAUCAAGCCACAUGCAUUUCCCCUGCACAUUACUGACUUUUCUCCCUUGCCUUAGCUAUAGAAAUUAAAAAUCUAUUUUAAAAAAGUGGUUCAAAGCUAACAUUCCUGUUAACUGAGAAAGAGCCAAUCAUACAUAUGCAUAAAUUUACUGACUGAUAUUUCUGUCUCGUGUGAAUAUACAUGUUAGAAGUCCUAUGGUUUUCAGACAUUUCCUUUGAAUAUUCCUUUCCCUGAAGCAGUACCUCCAUAGACAUACUGUGCUAGAUCUGAUUAAUUGAAAUAAGAUAUUUGCAUCCUUGCCAUUCAAAUGCUCCUAAUUGGUACAACAUCUCCAUUCAAAGAUCUUCCUUAAAAUGUAUAUUUAUGCCUUUGCAAAAUUAGCAGUUAUGUCAAUAAGAAGCUUAUAUUUUAUCUUAGCCAUUUCUGCAUUCAGAACAGAAAUCCUAUACAUACUGCAUUUUGAGAACAUGUGCCAUGGUCUCUUUUUCAAGUUUUAAGUUUUGCUUGUGAAAAAACAACAACAGUUUUAUUCAAGGUUUAAUUGCACAGAUGGCCUUUGCUGUUCAUGUGUAUUUCUUUCUCCAAGUGUUUCUAUCUAUACUUAAGAUUGUAUUAAAUUGACAAGAUACAUUGCUCAACUAUUUAAACUAUUUUGAAAAGGUGCUGUUGUUUCGUGGGUAUUUGCAGGUAAAAGAUAACAGUUUUUUUAAUAAGGACGAAGCUUACAAAAGACAGUUUAUGGGACCAUCUCUACUCAGUGAUAUCUGCCCAUCCCAGUUACUCCUAUUACAGUAGAUAUGUAAUCAGGAAGGCCUACUCUCUGCAGUGAUUGCUCUCAAUGGGCCUUCCGAAAGGCAGUAAAAAUUUGGCUUUUUACUUGGAUCUUGGGACCAGCAUGACUGGAAUCCCCAUCUGGAAUGUGAGCUUCUGGUUACACUUAAACAUCUUGGUUCUUAAUUGAAAUAGUUUAACUUAUUUUGUUUAUAUAUCACUUGGAGUCACCAUGUUUGAGUUAAUCAGCCAUAAUGGAUUAUUUUAAUAAACCAAUAAAGAUUUCCUAUACAAUUGUUUGGAUGAAUUAUUAUAGAGCAAUUUGCACAAUAAAAUGUAUGUUUGAAAGUACCAUUGGAAUAAUUGCUAUUGUAAGGUUCUUAGAAAGCCUUGUUCUGUUAUUUGGAAAAAAAUUAAAAAUGGUGUCUACUUUAAAAAAAAAAAAA